UACAUUCCAACAGUUUGAAAGACAGUUUCUAUGCCACUGUUGGAAGACUCCUGAACAGUCCUCAUCGAUGUGUUACCUUGCCGUGAAGAUGGAUGCCCGCGUCUUGCUGUUACUUUUCACCAUGCCCUGUCUGCUCGUUGCUGUGCGGGCUGACAACCUGAGAGCCAUUUUUGGGCAGAGCCGACGCUUGGCCACAGCCGCUCCGGAGGAAGACCAGCUGGACCAGCUAACUGCAGGUGAAAUAAGUGCAUGUCUGCACAGUGCACCAGAUGUGGGAUGUGAUGUAUUUCGAUGCCUGGUAAACACAACCUGUUAUCUAGAAGACAACUUGUAUGAAAUCUGCAGAGACUUCCUUCAGAAUGCAGACAAUUUUGAUGUGCAGGGAAAACAAUUUAUCAAAAACUUCCUGAAGUGCAAUGUCAUUGAGCUCAGGUCAAGGUUCAGCAACAGUGUUAGCAGAUGUGCUGAAGUGCAAAGGAUCUUAAUUCAUGUGCAAGGAUGGUGUUACCAUGAACAUAACAUCUGUGAUGCAGCAGCCACCAACAUUGAUGCUUUAGUGGACAUGGUUGACUUUAAUAAAAUACAGGGAAAUGGGGCCUAUAUGGAAUAUGUGAAGUUCCUGUUUGACUGUGGGAGCAGCAUUACUGAAAUCGUAAGAAGUCAGCUUCAAUCAAUUUUGAACGCUUUGAAGCAAUUAUUAGAAGAUUCGUGUACUCUUGUACAGAAAGUAACAAAAACAUCAUUUUCUGAAGGUUAUGACCAGCCAGAUGACAAUGUCACUCAUGAGCUUUGAAAAUGAGGCAGCUCAGAACCCUAAAUAAACAUUGUUUUAGUAUACCAGAUAGUGCAGUGCAUUUGUUACCUGUAAUGUCUACUAUUGGUAAAUUAGAAAUUUUCAUCUGCAUUGUAAAGUCUUGUAAUUACUACCUGAUCCCCAUUUGUUUUGUAACUUGAACUCUAUGGAUAGAAUAUUUUUGUAACAAUUAUCAGAAUGUCCCCAAUUCUGGCACUA